GCAUCAUAACAAUAUCAUCCGCCACCAAGAUUUUUUUGUAAAGCGUGCAAGUUGGGCACCUUGAGAGAACAUCACAACAAAGAUCAUCUACAUCGGAGAGAAACCAGUGGCUGUGAUUGGGUCACCACUUAACCAGGAGUGUCCCCUGCAAUCCGUUCUUUCUGCUCCUCGUUGCCACCGCUCACGCCGACGCCAGAGGCCGAUCAGGGGCACAUCUAAUGGACGGCCAGCAUGGGCUGCCGCCCAGCGACCCACCAGCUUGCGAGAAGCAGGAGAUCCCCGACGGGACGGCAGCCGCCGGCGGACCGUUGGAUCAGGACGAAGGCAUCGACGCGGCGGUGUCUCUGGUGAGCCCUACCUCGAACCAGCUCACGCUCCUCUACCAGGGGGAGGCCUACGUGUUCGAAUCCGUCUCCCCCGAAAAGGUGCAAGCUGUGUUGUUGCUAUUGGGGGGAUGUGAAAUGCCUUCUGGUUCAGCUGGCAUGGCACUACCCUGUCUGCAGGAUGAUAGGUACACAACUAUGCCAGCAAAGAGGAUUGCUUCACUAAUUAGAUUUCGAGAGAAAAGAAAGGAGAGAUGUUUCGAUAAGAAAAUUCGAUACAAUGUACGCAAGGAGGUAGCUCUCAGAAUGAAACGCCGGAAGGGGCAAUUUGCUGGGAAGACCAAUCCUGAGGAUGAGGCAUCAGCCUCCUCCAGUUGUGAUCCUGCCCAAAGUUCUAGCCAUGAUGAUAAUCCUCGAGAAAUGAAGAAUUGCCAAAACUGUGGCAUUAGUGAGAAGUUGACACCAGCAAUGCGUCGUGGACCAUCUGGUCCAAGGACUCUUUGCAAUGCUUGUGGAUUGAUGUGGGCAAAUAAGGGUACUUUGAGAAGUGUCUCUACAGCCUCCAAAAUGGGCAUCCAGAAUCCUGUCAAUCCUAAUGAGCUGCCAGGAUCUGUUGGAUCAGAAAUGAAGAGUGACAACAAGGCAGUUCUUACCUCAAAUAAUCAUGAUUCAGGUGUGACCAUCGCCGAGAUGUGAGUGCCAGAAGCUCAUAAAUAUCCACAAAGUAAUUUAUAUGAAAUUGUAGCUGUAUAUACUUCUUUGCUUUCCUUGUUGAGAGCCACACAAGGACUACCAGCAGAUGUGCAGCAUGAAAUGAAGACAUGGACACAGUUGCAAAAUUAUCAAAGCAGUUUUAUAAUAAAUAAUUUGUAGGCUGCCUUGAUCUGUAGAAAAUGCCCUACUCGUAAGGAGAAUGUUUGAGAUGGCAGAAUUUUCAAUGUCUAAGCAUACCUGAUCAAUGGCUGCACAACCUGUUUAUUCUGAAACCUACAUGGCCUGGCUGGGACUUGAUGCAAUCUCUAGAACUCAAGAUAUCCUUGAUUUUUCUGAAAUAAAGGAAUCAUAUGAUUUUGGCUAUAAAUUACAAGUAAUAAUG